CGAGAUGGGAUAUUCGUCGUCGGGAAACAAAGCCGCCGAUGAAAGGUGGGGAGGGAGCAUGCGAGAAGCGGAAUCAGCGGUCACAAGAGGCGACCGGGCGGUCAAGAAGAACCGACGGGUACGCAUGGGAGUCAGAGGCGGUCAUGGGCCAGCGUCGGUUACGCUCCGUUGGGGCGUUCGUUCGUUCGUUCGUUCGUUCGUCGGAGCAUGAGCAUGAGCAUGAGACGACGGACGUGCCGGAGUGAGUGACAUCCGCAACAAAGUGUGCGUGCUCCGUUGCGCCCCACGCUCCGCACGCUCUGCGCUCCGUCCAGCAUGAUGAUGCCCCUGGGGGCUCGCUCGCUCGCUCGCUGCUGCUGCUGCUGCUGCUGCAGCCGAAGCGCCGAUCGGUGCAGGAGCAGGAGGAGGAGGAGGAGGAGGGGGUCAGCGUGACUGCUGGUCGAGGGACGGCGGCAGACUCGGGUAAGGUCAUGCGCGCGCCUGCGUGCUGACUCGGACGCCAGGUCUGGGAUCGGGGGACAUGUAGGACAGCCUGCCUGGCAGGCAGCCGGAGCCGGUCGCUGCGAAUUUCUGUUCGAGCGAGAGAGAGCCGAGAGAGCCGAGAGGGGACGAGGGGGACGGGGGACGGGGGACGCCAUUGACGGCUGCUUCUCGUGAACAGAGGUCGAACGGACCAAGAAGUCAGCGACAAAGCAAAAUCUGAGGGCCGCGCUGGAUUUGGCCCAUCCCUUCUCAUGAAGAAUGGCGGGCUCGGGUGCUGCUGCAAGAGCGAGAGCAGAUGCUUUCAUUUCUGUGACACGACCUGUUGAAAAUGCGACCGGAAAGCCUCACGACAGCCCUCCAGCUCACGGGCUGUCCUGCCUGUUAAUGGAGCGCAGGCCAUUGACUUAGACCGAAGCCAGCCAGCCACUGUGGAGUGAUGUCUGAAAACGGACUCGCCUCCGAGCGGCCAUCGUUGUUCCUCUUGGCUCCAGCUUUCCUUUCGUGGGUGGGGGGGCACCCCUCGAAAAGUCAGUCAGUGGUCGAGAGCUUACGACACAAUGGGCCACUGUUGCUUUGCGAGCGCUUCUGUUGUUUUUACUCGGGGCGCAGGUCCUGGGCGCGCUCGUGUCAAGAUGUUCGGAUUUCUGUUUCUCCAGGGUGCAUGGAUCCAGCCGGCUUGCAGCUCCGGCUCAAUGAAUCCACGCCUUGAUCUUCUUCCCAUGGUCGAACGCAGGAUGAGCCAAUUCCGUGCGCCACAUGCCUCUCGGAGCAAGUAGCAGCGCUGUGCGCCAAGGGCACACUCCUCUGAUCCAUCAUCCUCAUUGCUCGAAACCGCGUUCGUCAGCUGAACCUUUCGGGGAAGACAUGUCAAGAUGUGAUUACAUAUCGCAAGAGGAACCGAAAUGUUGGACCUGCUCGCCAUUGGAGCGCGCCCAGUGCAUUGACUUCACCACCCUGUGGCACGGCGCCACUUAUACACGUAGCCACCAGGCAGCAAACCCAAUAGUAACUGGUUUGAGGAAUCCAUGGAGCUCUUGUCAGACGAUGUAAAAAUACCGUCACAGGCCGCAUGCCGCUUAACGUUAGACACUGCCGUGCCCUCUUUUAAUGGUCGGACCUCCUGAGCUUCAGGGCUUCUUCCUCUUUGAUACGCUCAACCCAAAGAGAGUCAUUGGAUCGUGACCCUUGGGACUACACGAUCCAAGCUCGCUAGCAUGUUGGCCUUCUACGUGUCUGAAUGACUGAAUUGCAACUUUAUCUUGUCUGUGAAAUGUCUUGGGUAAGACUGUCGCCUACUAGCAAGUCUGUAUGCUCCUGCUGUAGCAUUGGACGACUGUUGGCGCCCACAACAUUGUGAUAUAAUCGCUCUGAACAUUGAACCGCAACUAAGCCUCUGCACUAAACGCAAGUACCAGCUGGACUCCUGAGUUGGAGGGAUGUUUCUUCUCUUGAUCUGCACACUCGGUACUUGAUUGAUGCCUGAACAAACCAGAGUAGAAAGUAGGAACAAUGGCUACUGUAACGGCGAACAGUUACAGAUGUACGAGAUUGGUUAACCACAAACGUACAAGUCACAAC